AUGGCUGCCCGCCAGCCGGCCGAGAGGUCUUGCCCGGGGCAAGGAUGGUCAACCACACGGCCUACCCGAACCUCGCGGCAAAUCUGGAGGCGAGGAAAGCCCGAUCCGGUGAUCAGCUCCGACAGCGACGUCGAGCUGAUCGAAGAUCCGCGGCUGAAGCAGAGGAGGUGGCGGCUUCAGAAGGCCACCAGCGACACGGACGGCCGCAUCCCAACCGGCACAACCAAUGUCGAGUGGGUCAGCGAGGAGCCACCUGCUGGGCGACGGACUCCCCGCAGCCACGAGGAGCAGGUAGCAGCAGCCACGCUAGAGUUCCGGCUAAACCUGGUGGCGCGGAGGAGGACGGAGGAAACGCGGCUGCGAGAGAUGGAGGAGGACCCUGAAAGGCAGGCCCGUUUGCGACGAGCCGAGGAAGAGGAGAAGCAGCUGUGGGAGGAGCCGGCAUGCCCACGCACUCCGAGGGAUGUCGCCGAACAGUGGGUGCCGCCCCAGGAGGAGGCCGACGUUCGGGCUGCCUCUCCGCCGGGCUGGCUGCCGGAGGUGCCGCGGUACGAGGGGUCGCCGACGAGACCACCCUCACCGGAAGGCGAGGCGCUCCCUCCCCGGUCGCCACCACCGCCGCAACCUGAUACGCCACCACCACCGACGAGGCGCGGCGGGGAAUCUCCCCGAUGGAGACCCGCGCGGCCACCCACGCCGAGCGUGCGGACGUUCGUGGCCGAAGGCGUGAGGUGGCGGCAACAGACGGCCGUCUGGACGUGGCCGGAGGGCCCCGCGGAUGAGAAGGCGACGGUGGAUGAGCCCCGGAUUUGGGAGGAGACGGGACCUCGGGUGAGCCUGCUGGAUCCUAGGACCCGUGGCCGGCCGGACCUGUGGACCCCGCCGACACCGAGUACGCGACCAUCGACGCCAGGUACUGGGCCAACGACACCGGCAGGGACACAAAACGCGGCGGAGCCUCAGGAGCGGGGGCCGUGGAAAUGGCCGGAACCGACGGGAGGUGGAAGGCCAAGUUUGAAGCGGCAACAUUCGGCGCCCGUGGUGUCCGAAUCGGCGGCGCGUCCUUAG